AUGGCUGCCGGAGACAACAGUGGCAGGCCUCCUUGCCUUAAUUUCUCCGGUACGACCUCAUUGGGGAACGGCCAGCCCAGUAACAGUGUCUUUUCAAUGGCUACGUCUAACAGUGGACCUGCCGCCGCGUCGGGCGGAUCGCAGGGAGCGGCGAGGCGUCCCAACCCGCAGAUGGGGCCUGCUGGGGGCGAAGGCAAUGGGGUCGCCGCCGGAACCCCGGCCGCUGCGCAGAACUCCCUGCAGCAGUCUGCUGCGGUCGGCGCGGCGGCAGGAGCCAUGGCCGCCUCGGCGUCCAACAUGACCGCCGGCGCGGCUUCAAAUGCGUCGCCGGCGGCGGUGCCCAUCAUCCAUUCCUCGCUUUCGGCCACCCCGGCAGCUGCCUCUGUGUUGGUGUACCGAGAACCGGUUUACAACUGGCAGGCAACGAAAAGCACCGUCAAGGAGAGAUUCGCCUUUCUUUUCAACAACGAGGUCCUCAGCGACGUUCAUUUCUUAGUGGGGAAAGGCAUGGGAGUGCAAAGGAUACCCGCGCACAGGUUUGUUCUGGCUGUGGGGAGCGCAGUGUUUGAUGCAAUGUUCAAUGGUGGGAUGGCAACGACCUCAACGGAGAUCGAACUGCCUGAUGUGGAACCUGCUGCCUUUCUGGCCCUGCUUAAGUUCCUGUAUUCCGAUGAGGUCCAGAUAGGGCCUGAGACAGUGAUGACCACUCUCUACACAGCCAAGAAAUAUGCAGUGCCAGCACUGGAGGCACACUGUGUGGAGUUCCUCAAGAAGAACCUGAGAGCAGAUAAUGCCUUUAUGCUGCUUACACAGGCCCGAUUGUUUGAUGAGCCUCAGCUGGCCAGCCUGUGCCUAGAAAAUAUUGAUAAGAACACAGGAGAUGCUCUUGCUGCUGAAGGCUUUACUGACAUCGAUCUGGACACAUUAGUAGCUGUGUUGGAGAGGGAUACUCUAGGGGUGAGGGAGGUGCGCCUGUUUGGGGCUGCGGUGCGCUGGGCAGAGGCCGAGGCCCACAGGCAGCAGCUGCAGCCAACCCCAGAAAACAAACGCAGAGUACUCGGAAAGGCCCUCACACUCAUACGUUUCCCUCUCAUGACUAUUGAGGAGUUUGCUGCAGGUCCAGCCCAGUCUAGUAUUCUGACAGACAGAGAGGUGGUGAGUCUGUUUCUCCAUUUCACUGUCAACCCGAAGCCUCGCGUGGAGUUUAUUGACCGGCCCCGCUGCUGCCUCCGCGGGAAGGAGUGCAGCAUCACACGUUUUGGACAGGUAGAGAGCCGCUGGGGCUACAGUGGUACAAGUGACCGCAUACGGUUCUCUGUAAACAGAAGGAUAUUUGUUGUUGGGUUUGGACUCUACGGGUCUAUACAUGGACCAACAGACUACCAAGUCAACAUUCAGAUCAUUCAUACAGACAGUAACACGGUACUGGGCCAGAAUGAUACAGGCUUCAGUUGCGAUGGGUCAGCCAACACCUUCAGAGUCAUGUUCAAAGAACCAGUGGAAAUACUCCCCAAUGUCAACUAUACUGCCUGUGCUACACUUAAGGGUCCGGACUCUCAUUAUGGUACAAAAGGCAUGCGAAAGGUGACUCACGAAUCGUCCACCGGCACCAAGACCUGUUUCACCUUUUGCUACGCAGCAGGUAACAAUAACGGCACCUCUGUGGAGGACGGACAGAUCCCUGAGGUCAUCUUCUACACGUAGUCAUCUCUGACCUCAUGCUGACCUGACUUCAGUCGGGUGGCGGACUGCAGCAUCCAGGGUGGGAUCAAUCUGUCAAACAACAUCCUCUUGUUCUCUCCAUAUAGCGCACUACUGUUGGCCACACGGGAAGCCAAAUGGUUGUGAGGCACUCUAGUUCGCUACUUGGGGUGUAGGUUGUCAUUAGAAAUGCUGUCUAUCUAGUUCUCAAUGGCCUCCUUUAUUCCAUUGACUGUGGGGUGGUGAGAGGAGUUUGAUGUAAAGGGUUACUGAGUGACACAAUCCUCUUUUAACGUUGUAUUAUGUAAAUUGUGCAAACACAACAUCCAUUGCACGUUGUCCAUCUUGGGAGAGAUAGCCCUCUUCUGUUGUUCUCCUUGAGGUUUCCCAUUUUUUCCUCCCUGUUUAAGGUUUUGUUUUAGGGAGUUCCUUAUCCGAUGUGAGGGUCUAAGGACAGGAUGUUGUGUUGCUGUAAAGCCCCUUGAGGCAAAUUUGUAAAAAUCGACUUGACUUGCGGAGACAUUAUGAGUGUACCUGACUUGGUAAGAGAGGCCUCUCAGACGCAGUAUUGAUCUUGGUACUAGGGCUUAAACAAAAAGCCAAACAAUUUUACCUAAGCUGUAUGAUUAUCCUUCCUGCCCCCCCCCCCCCCCCCACACACACACAUUGGUGUAAAGGAGAGGUGCUAUUGUAUGAAUGUACAGUUUGAUUCAGUAUCUGGUUUGUCAACAUAACAACCUUCUCACCGUGCUACUCCAACCAGCGCUUCAGCCAUUUUCCGAUCGGCAGUAAACCCCACAGUCUCAUGGUCUUCAUAGGCUUAGCGAGUUACCUUGGAGGAUGCGAGCAAAUCCCGUUUUCAUGGAUGGUUGGCCCGAGAAUUACUGUUAAAGCAGACAUACUAAAUCAUAUGUCACGGAGGGCCGUGUUCACCUCCAGCCCAACACUACACCGCCUGUUUUCACUCAUUUGUCCACCUCUGGUCUGGUUGAAGGUGUGUUUAUCAGCCAUGCGACACAGAGGACUGCUGCACGGCACAUGUGGAGUGUAACGGCUUUAAAGGAUAGGCCACAGAGCAAUUGUGAUACUUCCAGCAGAGUAACAUGAGCAAAACAUUGUCUUGAUUUAAUCUUAACAAAAUAAGAUGAAGUGAUGCAUACAAUCUUUUGACACCCUGUUCUUGCUUGGUAGUUACCUAUAGGGCAUCUUGCAC